CCCUUGCUCUUGAAAGGGAGGAGCAAUGCCCUCUAACACAGGUGUAACACAAACGUCAUGUUGCUAGCCAGGCAGACAUAGUUUCUAGGUGAAGAAAGCCUACAGACCAUUUGAACAAUAAGAAAAGACGUCAUGCAGCCCUCUAACGUCUGUUGGUCAUUGACGAUAUGGAUGAUCCAGCUGGCCUUGACUGUUCUCACUGUUCAAGCUAAAAACUGUACCAAACCCAUAGGAGGGGAAAACAUGGUAUUGUCAGAUGCCUUCAUCACGCAAGAGACCUUUGUAGAUGGCGCAAAAGUCACUUUUCAGUGUGCAAUUGGAUAUGCCAGUACAGGAUGGUCUCCGCCAGUCACCUGUACUGCUGGCGUGUGGAGUGAAGUGAAACUGAAAUGCGAAAGGAAGUCGUGUGGCAACCCAGGAGAAGUGAUGAACGGACAGUUUAAUAUCUCUGGGGGGACCUUGUUUGGAGACCAGGUAGUUGCUACCUGUAAUACUGGCUAUGUGCUUGUGGGCAGCGGUGUAAGGACCUGUAUGGAUGGAGGCUGGGAUGGCAGAGUUCCUGUUUGUGAAGUGGUGAAGUGUGGAAAGCCCCCAAACAUUGUCAACGGUGGGCCUGUUGUCCCCCCUGAUGAUACGUAUGACUAUGGAAGUGUCGUGCAAUAUGACUGUGAGAAGGAUUACACUCUGGUUGGAACUAAAUACAUAACCUGCAGUGAGAAUGGAGAAUUCCAGCCAGCUCCACCUGAGUGUAAAAUGGUGUCAUGUCCUCCUCCUGUUGUUGAGAAUGGCGUUCGGGUUGACGGCCGUCCCCCCUAUACGUACAUGUCUUUUGUGACGUAUAGGUGUAAUGCUGGAUAUGAGAUGGAGGGACAAGCCAGUCUGACCUGUAAAAUAGAAGGCUGGUCAGCUCCUUACCCAACAUGCAAAGCUAAAAACUGUACCAAACCCAUAGGUGGGGCAAACAUGGUAUUGUCAGAUGCCUUCAUCACGCAAGAGACAUUUGUAGAUGGCGCAAAUGUCACUUUUCAGUGUGCAAUUGGAUAUGCCAGUACAGGAUGGUCUCCGCCAGUCACCUGUACUGCUGGCGUGUGGAGUGAAGUGAAACUGAAAUGCGAAAGGAAGUCGUGUGGCAACCCAGGAGAAGUGAUUAACGGCCAGUUUAAUAUCUCUGGGGGGACCUUGUUUGGAGACCAGGUAGUUGCUACCUGUAAUACUGGCUAUGUGCUUGUGGGCAGCGGUGUAAGGACCUGUAUGGAUGGAGGCUGGGAUGGCAGAGUUCCUGUAUGUGAAGUGGUGAAGUGUGGAAAGCCCCCAAACAUUGUCAACGGUGGGCCUGUUGUCCCCCCUGAUGAUACGUAUGACUAUGGAAGUGUCGUGCAAUAUGACUGUGAGAAGGAUUACACUCUGGUUGGAACUAAAUACAUAACCUGCAGUGAGAAUGGAGAAUUCCAGCCAGCUCCACCUGAGUGUAAAAUGGUGUCAUGUCCUCCUCCUGUUGUUGAGAAUGGCGUUCGGGUUGACGGCCGUCCCCCCUAUACGUACAUGUCUUUUGUGACGUAUAGGUGUAAUGCUGGAUAUGAGAUGGAGGGACAAGCCAGUCUGACCUGUAAAAUAGAAGGCUGGUCAGCUCCUUACCCAACAUGCAAAGACACCAACAACAAUGCUGGGAAAAUAGUAGGCAAUGUUGGAGGUGUACUUGAAUAUGUCAUGCAGCCCUCUAACAUCUGUUGGCCCUUGACGAUAUGGAUGGUCCAGCUGGCCUUGAUUGUUCUCACUGUCCAAGCUAAAAACUGUACCAGACCCAUAGGAGGGCCAAACAUGGUUUUGUCAGAUGCCUUCAUCACGCAAGAGACAUUUGUAGAUGGCGCAAAAGUCACUUUUCAGUGUGCAAUUGGAUAUGCCAGUACAGGAUGGUCUCCGCCAGUCACCUGCACUGCUGGCGUGUGGAGUGAAGUGAAACUGAAAUGCGAAAGGAAGUCGUGUGGCAGCCCAGGAGAAGUGACGAACGGCCAGUUUAAUCUCUCUGAGGGGACCUUGUUUGGAGACCAGGUAGUUGCUACCUGUAACACUGGCUAUGUGCUUGUGGGCAGCGGUGUAAGGACCUGUAUGGAUGGAGGCUGGGAUGGCAGAGUUCCUGUAUGUGAAGUGGUGAAGUGUGGAAAGCCCCCAAACAUUGUCAACGGUGGGCCUGUUGUCCCACCUGAUGAUACGUAUGACUAUGGAAGUGUCGUGCAAUAUGACUGUGAGAAGGAUUACACUCUGGUUGGAACUAAAUACAUAACCUGCAGUGAGAAUGGAGAAUUCCAGCCAGCUCCACCUGAGUGUAAAAUGGUGUCAUGUCCUCCUCCUGUUGUUGAGAAUGGCGUUCGGGUUGACGGCCGUCCCCCCUAUACGUACAUGUCUUUUGUGACGUAUAGGUGUAAUGCUGGAUAUGAGAUGGAGGGACAAGCCAGUCUGACCUGUAAAAUAGAAGGCUGGUCAGCUCCUUACCCAACAUGCAAAGCCCUUCUGACUACCACAAAGCCCACUACUACAAAGAGAACCACAAUCCACGAUCGUGUACCCCGUCCUACUGAUCUAACCCCAAAGGCCAACGACAACACUGGGAUAAUAGCAGGCUGUGUUGUAGGUGGACUUGUCAUUAUUUGUGGUGCAGUAUUUGCAGUCUACAAAGUUAAACAAAGCUCUCGAGGUGGCUACUCAUCAAAUGUGGCCACUAAAAACUCUGAAGACAAUGAGUUGUAGCAUCCUCUGCCAUGUGCCAAGUAGCCUAAUUUGCCUGCUUCAUUGAGAAAGGAGUCACAGAGAACUGGCUGCGGUGACGGUGCCUCCGAAUCAUCUACUACCCUCCCGCUUAUGAACGCAGCAGCCCUUCCCAAUUACCGGGAAUGGUUCAUAUCCUUUCAAAGGAAGCUUUAUUAUGUGAUGAUUAGGAACCUCAUGACGAAUGUAUUGGUUCUCUCCCAUUUGGAAGCUUGUGCAUAAGGAGUGGCCUUGAUAAGGUAAUAACUAUUCAUGUUUCCAGUGUACUUCACAUAUCACUUUUUAUUAAUCUAAGCCUGCCUCAUCUCAUUGCCUACAUUCUGAUGUUAAAAGUCCCACAUAUGUAUGGAAGCUGCUCUUUAGAGUGACUAUGCAUCACAAAGCCAGUUUUACCCCCUCUGAAAUAAGAAGAUUUAAGGAAAUCAUAUCCUUUGCAAUAUAAAAAAAAAACUCACAAUAUAUCAUGCAGUUUGACACCAAUGUCUUGAUAAAGUCAUAUACCACCAAAGGUCAACACUGGUUUCAUAGACUAGGUUGCAGAUGUGUUGAAUGUAAUUCAUUAACAAAAUCGGGUUCGGAGAAUCAAUGGGCGCUCACUAACUUUAGCUCUAAUCAUUGGCCUUGGUCUUUAAUUGUGUAAAUGUCAGGUUCAUUUAAAAAGGUUGGUUUUAUAAGGAGACCAUGGAAUUGAUGUAGUAUACUUAUUUUGUAAAGUGUGCUAGUUCUUUGAGGGAUCAAGAACUCAUGAUCCAGCUUUGGUAUCUUUAUUUACACUUAUAGCCUAUUUGUAUUGUCUUGGAGUUAUAUUGUAGAUAAGAUAAUGUAAGAUUUAUUUAAAAGAAUGUAAAUGCAUCUUGUUUUAAUGAAGUUAAAUGGGGAAAAUACAUGCUUAAAAUGUUAUGUCUAUUUUCAGAGAUGAGUCAUGUUUCUUUGACACAUUUUCCCUCUAAACUGUUCUGGAUUUGUGUGUAAUUGGCUCACAUUGCAUGUGUAAGAAUAACUGGGAACUGAUUUAAGCAGAUUGUGCAAAUGUAUUGGAGAUCUGCUAUUCAACCACUUGUAAUAUAACAUCCACCAUACCCAACAGUUGAAUUACUGCCUUGAGUAAAUGUACAUAGUCUUGCACUGUGGUUAAUGUCACUAUCUGGGUCAUGGUGUUCUAUAGGAAAGAAACCUGCAGCUCUCUGUAAUAUCAGGCUCAGCUUAGUGCAUUUUGAACGCUCAAUGUGCUCUGGAUUCUUCACUAUGCCUUGUAAUGAAGAAUAUUUUGGAGUUUGAUGUCUAUUGUAUAGCCUACAGUGACUUUGCUUUAUUCUGAUUAAUGUACCCUACUAAGCAGCGCGGUGUUCAACAUAUCCAAACAAGACAACCCCACUUGCCAUGUUUUCAAAAUGGAAUGAAAUGACAUGUUCCAGAAUGUCGUCUUUCACUUGAUCUUUAUAACCACUAUUUCCAACAGUGUAAAAUGUAUUCGUGUGUUUUGAAGUAUUCUGUAGUGGCUCUAUUCAAUCUGUAUUGCUGAAGCAUUACAGAUUGCACAAUGUAAAGGUAAUUUCUGAUUGGUUGACAUGCAGCGUUUACUGGGAAUGCAGUCGCUGCUAAAGCUGGAACAAUGUCUUUAUUUUAAUCACGCUUCCUAUACGCUGUACUUCUCUUUGGUGUCUGUAAUCUGUUCAAUUCAGUGUGGGACCACAACUUAUGUUGUGGUUAGCCAGUUAUGAAAAAUAUUUUUAGCACUUGUUUGUACAUUAAGUUAAUCAAUUAAACAGCAAUCAUUUUAACAUGAA